UAUAUAUAUAUGGGGCUCUCGAGUUUCCCUGGUGCAGCUGAAGGAGUGCUACCUGUGCUGGUAAUGAACACGGUCUUAUCAGUUGCUCUGCUCAAGAGCAUGGUGAGGUCAGUGCUGCAAUUAGUGGUGGGUGCAAAUUGGACUCCUCCUGAUCAUCAUGAGGAAGAACCAGAGGAAUAUCCUCGAGAAAAUGCGAGAGAGAGAAGAAUAUCAAUAACCCAGUUCAAGUCUAUGAACCAGAAUGAUGGCAGUGCUACGAAUAGUGCCAUGGAAUGUUGUGUGUGCCUUUGUGGGUUUGAAGCUGAAGAGGAGGUGAGUGAGCUAUCUUGCAAGCAUUUCUUCCACAGAGGUUGUUUAGACAAGUGGUUUGAUAACAUUCAUACUACCUGCCCUCUUUGUCGAUCUAACCUUUAAUUAGAUUCAUAAAUUUUGUCUUGGUUCAUAAGUGUUGAGGAUUUUUGAGGAAUAUUAAUGGUGUUCAGUUUUGUAUUUUUUUUUUUUUGGCUGUCGUCGUCGUGUUAGUUCACGAGUGUUGAGAAUUUUGGAGGAAUCUUAAUUGUGUUCCCUUUAUGUUUUUUUUUUUAAUAAAAAAUGUAUCUUCUUUAUUUUUGCAAAAUUAGAGAGAAGGUUGUUAUGAUCUUUGCUUUUAUAUUAUGUGUAAGCUAAGAUGUGUUUGAGGCUGCAAGCACACAAAAAAAUAGCGAGGAGUAUAGAAAAAUUAAUUAA